AUGGAAGUGGAUGCCGAAGAAAACGAGCAGGACAGCCGCAGCACUACACAACCAUUUCGAGGGGAGGAGCCAUCGGUUGGAGGAAAGGGGAAACGUCCCGCGGCUGAUGCUGGUGUCGGCGGAAGCGCGGGGAAACGGGCUGCACCUGGUCGUGGCAGCAGUGCCGGCGGCAGCGCGGGUGGCAGCACGGGCAGCAACGCCGGCGGAAGCGCGGGCGGCAGCGCGGGAUGUAGUUCCGGCGGCAGCAUGGGCGGCAGUGCGGGCGGCAGCGCGGGCGGUGGCGCGAGCGGCACUGCGGGUGGCAGCACUGGCGGCAAGGCGGACCGCAAAGCGAAGCCCGGAUCAGACCUCGGCCAGAACAAGCUCACAGUAAGGCAGCGAUUGCAAAUCGUCAGGGCCGUCCAAGGCGGCCAGCAAAGGAGCAAAGUUGCGCGAGACUUCGGCGUGGGCUAG